UUUCCGUUGUAGCCUGAUCACGUGACCAGAAAAAGAACAAACAUUCGAGAAGUUUAGAUUUCUUCCGCAAACUUUUAUCAAGCAAGAAAAUGCGAUAGAGAGACUCCAAAAUGAAGGCCCCUCCAGCCUGCUUAGCAAUGACAUCAUAACUGGGUCCUGCUGGUUUAGAAGAGACGUGAGGGACCAGGCCAGAGUCCGGACACUUUUUACCAGAACUCUUCAGUGUGAAAACUACGUCAGCGACGAUGGAGCUGCAGAAGCUUGUAGCCGAGAAGAAGGACCUGGUGGAGACCGUGAUGGAGGUGUUUGAACAAGGAGCGGAGAUGGUGGCCAGCAUCGCCGGUGACCUCUUCCCCGUCUUUUCCAUCGCUGCGCCGAUUGUCAAACUGGCUCUCGACAACGUGGAAAGCAAAGAGGCCGCGUUCAUGAAGGAGCAGUUUCAGAAGGUCCGAGAGCGUCUGGAGGUGGUCUCCGAGGAGAUGCAGAAGAUCAACGACGAGAUCAAGAAGAGUGGAGUGGACGCCACAUAUUUUUCUGUAGAAGAAAACAUCACAAACCAGUUCAGGAAGUACAUGGACAUCCUCAACGCCAAACCCAAGUUCAGGGAGGUCAAGAAGAAGCUCUUCUUGGAGCAUUUUGCCAAAACCGGUGGAGACAAGAACCUCAACAUCCUCUACAAUGCUGUGACGGGAGAGCAGUUCUCUGGUGAAUCUGUGCUGGAGAUCAUCCAGAACUACGAGGAGAAAAGUCGCCGUCCGAUGGAGGACUUCUGUGCUCGGCUGAAGAAGCUCUUCUGCGUCGGGCUCAUCGCUUUGUUGGGUCACGCUGCUCUGAAAGGUUACGAUGAGGAGGAGGCCCUUCUGAAGGAGUGGGGUGAGAAGAUGAAGGCUGUCCAGGAUAAAAUGAACGCCGUCAUUGAAGACUGCAUCGUCAGCUUCCCUAAACAAGCCGAGCUGGACUCCCGACGGCUGGUGAGAGACCAGGCGACCUUAACCAACCAGCAGCUUGCUGACGCCAUCGUAGAGAAGCUGAAGAGGAAGUACGACUGGGUGGGAUGGUCUGUCCGCAUAUUCAAGUCUCCUUCAGGCUACUUCACCAAAAAGAAGGACUACCACUGCCCAACAGGCAAGACUCGCUUCCAGGUGCCCUCAUCGGAUGAGAAGCUGAACGUCUGGGUGUCGUACAGCUCCUCUCCUGAGCCCGUGAACAAGCAAAAGAUCCAGCAGCUGAUCCAGGAGCAGAAGAAGGUCACGGUGGUGGGCGUUGCCGAGACUCUGUUUGAGAAGUUGCCUGGCAGCUGUGUGGUUCACACCGUCAAAAGCAAAGACCUGGCGUGCGCUUGGAGCUUCUCCGAGGAGCUUCACUACUGGGAGGAGCACGAUAAAGUCUACGUCUGCGUUCACUCAGCCUAAAAGGUAUAGAUCCAGAAAAACUGACGGAUCACUAAAUUUAUUCUUCAUUCCUAUUUGCACACGAGCUGGUCCACCGCUGCCUCACUGCUCUUUAGUUUAACUAACCAUCUGCCUUAAAUAAUCGGCUCAGCCUUUCACCUGCAGCAUGACGACAACCAGACAGACCUCAGAACGUUUCACAUCAUCUGGAGAGAAAAUAAAACAUCUACAGGAGGCAAAUAACAAACAACUAGAACAUCUGGAAGACCGUUGUCUCAUGUUAUUAUAUUAUAACUUUAGUUCUACACAUGAUCGUUAGCUGGACUUUGUUUAGUUUUCUCUUGUAGACUCUGUUCGCCAUCUCCUGCAUGUAAGAUACUGACUACAAGUGCAGCUCACACUUGUUUUCCACAACUACUUCUAAACUUAUUAUCUUCAACGUUUCUGAGCUUUACAGGAUGUGGUUUGUUAUGCUAGUGCAUGCUAAUAUGUUGGUGUCCAUAGUCCAGCUGUGAGAGAGAGAUUGUCUGUGCGGAUGCUGAUAACGAUGGACUGACCUCGCCCUGCGGAGGAUGUUUAUACCUGAAGCACGUUUUAUGUCAGCUGUGAUGUUUACAUGGUUAGGGUUGAUGCUCUGAAACUUCAGUUCGUCGCUCAUUUCUUUAAAUUGUUUUGUGGCUUGAAGCUCAAUCCUGUUCACAAACCUUGUUUUUGGAGCUUUAAUUUCAUGCAGGAUUGAUUUAGUAGUUUUUAAUUUAGGUUUGGUGUUAUUUAGGUAUUUUAUUAUGUAUAAUCUGGCUGUCCACUGCUCUUCAAAAACUAAAGCUUUGCUUGAAUAAUCAUAUUUUCUUUUAAUUUCUGUGUUUCAGUAAAACUGUAACCUACUUUUUUGUGUAUCUACUUAAUUACAUGAAUUUGAUUUUCAGCUUUUUACAUUCUGACUAAAACGUAUUCACUACAAAAAGGACAUUUUAUGCAUCCUUAUAAUAUAUGGGUCUCAAAUUUGUUGGCGCGUCAAUGGAAAAAAGUAAUAAACAUCAUAAAUGAAACA